GUUUCACACGACUUCCUUUCCGGUUCAACCUGACAACAUGGAUGCCAGCCGCGUGCAGCCGAUCAAGCUUGCAAGAGUCACCAAGGUGCUCGGAAGAACGGGAUCCCAGGGACAGUGUACCCAGGUCCGAGUGGAGUUCAUGGAUGACAGCAACCGCUCCAUCAUCAGGAACGUAAAGGGUCCCGUGCGGGAGGGCGACGUGCUGACCUUGCUGGAGUCUGAGAGAGAAGCCAGGAGGCUCCGAUAGAAGGGUGAAGAUGCCUGCCCACAGGGCCACCUGUCCUGUGUGCCAUGCCCUCCUGUUCAGAUUUUGAAAUAAAAACAUGAUAAAAGA